GUUCUCCUCGACAUCCCCCGAUCCCUAGAAGAAGCUCAAGUCCCCCCCGGCCACCAGCCCUCUGCACGCAUCGUCUCCGGGCCUCCCCCGCUCGACCCGUUUGCCAUCCCGGAGCCGCGCAAUGGGGCAUCAGAGGGCCAUUCACCCUCUGCGGGAGCUCGUAUUGCCGAGUUGAUGGCCGCGGCGGCUGCUCAGAGCGCGCUGGACGAGCUUCGGAGCCGGUAUUUGGGACCGUUCUGCCUGGACCGGGUUUGUCGUCCUGCAGAGGAGGCGGUGUCUACUGAUGGCGAUGUUGGUGUCCGUGUUGGUGCUGCUAAUGCUGAUGCUGCUGGUGCUAAAUCUUCUGAGGCUUCACGCAUCAGGAUUCCCAUUGGGGCUGAAUACCUGCAUGGAUCGAUCUACGACCUGCGGCAGACAUUCGUUGACACGGCGCCGCAGUUCCGCCUCGUUAUCCUGGAUCCUUCAUGGCCUAAUCGAUCUGUGCGCAGGAAGAGGAAGACUGGCAGCUACAGCACUGCCUCCAACCUCACGGAAAUCCAGCAACUUCUACUCAGCAUCCCCGUGCCUUUACACCUUACCCCCGACGGCUUGGUCGCCGUCUGGAUCACAAACAAGUCGAGUAUUUUCGACCUCGUCACCUCUCCCAGGGGCAUCUUUGCCUCGUGGGGUCUCGAGCUGGUGACACAAUGGACGUUGCUCAAGGUCACUUCGUCAGGCGGCCCAAUCUUCGACAUGGAGUCCGCAUGGAGGAAGCCGUGGGAGACGCUUCUCAUCGCGAAGCGCAUCGGCGCGAGAGCUCCGAGCACGCUUAAGCCCUUGGUCAUUGUAGCGGUGCCGGACGUCCAUUCGCGCAAGCCGAAUCUCCGGCAGCUGUUUGAGGGUGUCCUUGGACGGGAUUACGCUGCUUUGGAAGUGUUUGCGCGGAAUCUCACGUCUGGGUGGUGGAGCUGGGGGGAUCAGGUAUUGCAGUUCCAGGGGACGGAGCAUUGGAUUCAGUCUUGA